AUGUUCGCCAGGACCAGCGCGUUGGUGUUCUCCCCACAAUGUGGGCAGGUCAGGAACAUGGCUACCUUGAAGGACAUCACCAUCCGGUUGAAGUCCAUCAAGAACAUCCAGAAAAUCACAAAGUCCAUGAAAAUGGUGGCCGCUGCCAAGUAUGCUCGUGCUGAGAGGCAGCUGAAGCCAGCCAGAGUGUACGGUGCCGGUGCUCUGGCCCUCUACGAGAAGGCCGACAUCCAAGUGCCGGAGGACAAGAUCGCCAAGCACUUGAUCAUUGGCGUGUCUUCCGACCGUGGACUCUGUGGUGCCAUCCACUCCAAUGUGGCCAAGGCCAUUAAGACCGAGGUCGCCGUCCUGACGGGCGCUGGCAAGGAGGUCAUGGUGAUCAAUGUGGGAGACAAGCUGAGAGGCAUCCUGCAAAGAACUCAUAAACAACACAUCAUUCUGAACUGUAAGGAAAUUGGCCGCAAGCCCCCAAGCUUCAGUGACGCUUCAAUCGUCGCCGGCGAGCUGCUUGACUGUGGAUAUGAGUUUGACCAGGGCUCCAUCAUCUUCAACAGGUUCAAGUCUGUUAUCUCAUACAAGACGGAGAAGAAGCCGGUGUUUUCCUUAGAGACGAUUGCUAACGCAGAGAGCAUGGGCGUCUAUGAUGACAUUGAUGCUGAUGUGCUGAGGAACUACCAGGAGUUUGCUCUGGUCAACCUCCUCUACAUGGCCAUGAAGGAGUCCACCACCGCUGAGCAGAGUGCCAGGAUGACCGCCAUGGACAACGCCAGCAAGAACGCCUCUGAGAUGAUUGACAAGCUGACCCUCACCUUCAACCGUACCAGACAGGCCGUCAUCACCAAGGAGCUCAUUGAGAUCAUCUCUGGAGCUGCUGCUCUAUAAACGGACGAGAUCUUCGUUUCCAUUACCUAUAGCUGUUCAAAGUACUUCAGACACUGUUGUGUCGUCGAGAGUCGAUGAACGUUUGUGCUUCUAUUUGUAAAAUAUAUGGAGAAAAUAAACCUCUUACAGAACCUUCAUGCUUUUCAGCCCUGUAUGUCUUUCCUCACAAUAAAUACUGAUGACUGAGAAAUACCAAUA